UGAUGACUGAUGACUGAUGACAGUUCAGCUGAAACACCAAAGUGCCACCAGCCAAUCAGAAGCGUUCCUUCUUAAGCUAACCAAUAAAAACUCGAACAAGGCACGAGGAAUACAUUUCACCAUAUAUCGUACUGUCGAUCGAAGUGGAAAGGGUGAAGUGAAAAUGUCUGCAGACAAGAAGACCGUGGUUUUAGCCUACAGCGGGGGCCUUGAUACAUCUUGUAUCUUGCUUUGGCUCCAAGAACAAGGAUAUGACGUUAUUGCGUUCAUGGCAGAUGUAGGACAAGAUGAAGAUUUCGAGGAAGCGAGACAAAAAGCGAUAAAAUUGGGCGCGAAAAAGGUGUUUAUUGAGGAUUUGAAGGAGGAGUUUGUCAAGGAUUUCAUCUUCCCAGCUGUGCAAGCAAAUGCAAUUUAUGAAGAUCGCUAUUUAUUGGGAACAUCCAUUGCUAGACCUUGUAUAGCUCGCGGUCAAAUCCAGAUUGCUCUGCAAGAAGGUGCGGGAUAUGUAUCCCAUGGUGCCACAGGAAAGGGUAAUGAUCAAGUGCGUUUUGAGAUGACUUACUAUGCCCUGUAUCCAGGUGUCCAGGUUAUCACACCAUGGAGACUGCCAGAAUUUUACAACAGAUUCAAGGGGAGAGCAGACUUGUUUGAAUAUGCUGAACAAAAGGGCAUACCACUACCAGUUACUCCAAAGAAGCCCUGGAGCAUGGAUGCUAACUUGAUGCACAUCAGUUAUGAAGGUGGCAUUCUGGAAAAUCCAAAGACCAUGGCACCAGAUGAUCUGUGCUUAAUGACAACUGAUCCUAAAUCUGCUCCUGACGAGCCAGAGCAGCUUGAGCUUGAAUUUAAGAAAGGUGUCCCCAUCAGAGUGCAGAAUCUCAAAGAUGGCACUGUCCAUGACAAGCCCCUGGAUAUUUACCUGUACCUGAACAAAAUGGGUGGUCGCCAUGGUGUGGGAAGAAUUGAUAUUGUUGAAAACAGAUUUAUUGGAAUGAAAUCCAGAGGAAUCUACGAAUGCCCAGGUGGGACGAUUUUACGAGCUGCGCACUUGGAUAUCGAGACGUUUACAAUGGACAGGGAAAUGCGGAAAAUCAAGCAGAUGCUGGCCGAAAAGUUUUCUGAUCAGCUGUACUGCGGAUACUGGUACAGUCCUGAGGGAGAGUAUGUGCGGUUCUGUUUGGACAAGAGCCAGGACAACGUGGAAGGAAAAGUGACGUUUAACCUCUUCAAGGGCAACGUUUACAUCACAAGCCGCGAAUCCAAGGCAUCUCUCUACAACGAGGAAUUAGUCAGCAUGGACAGCAUUACUGGCUAUAACCCACAAGAUGCGGCUGGCUUCAUUAGAAUCAACGCUUUGAGGUUGCGUGAACACAGCCGACUGCGAAAGGCACUGGACAAAGCGGGUGAAGUAAAUGGCUCCUAAACGUGUCAUGUGCGAGUUUAUGACGUGAAUCAGUCUACGGAGUAUUCAACUGAAAUUGCGCGAGAGCACUAACGUAAAAUUUAUAACAAUGUCAUUGUGUGAACUGUAAGUUCUUGUAGAACUGAUUCAGGAAAAUGAAAAUGAAAAUAUAGUUUUAAUACCAUUUACA